GUCUGGCAGUGCUAUCACUUUUAAAGUAGUGUGUGUGAGAUCCAGGGGCAGCUCAAUAACUUGCGCUCUCUGAGAGGGUUUGCAUGUUCUGCGAAUAGCGCCCCAGCCGAUUUGAAGAAGAGAGCGCACUACGCCUCUGUCUUUCAGUUUGUUGUGCCCUUCUUUUUAUUUAUUUCGCCGGCCAACGAGUGUUUUGUUUACAUAUAUUCAACUCCCGUUACCGAUUCAAAUGCUCAGAGAUAAUCAAAUCGAGUCAGUCAAGUGCUCCUGUGCUUUAGAAUCAAGCCCAACUGCCAUUUAAAACUGGAGCAUUUAUUUGCAACUUCAUCACUUGUUGGCAGCAACACCAACACCAGCGGGUUCCCAGUUGCAAAACAACAGCGGCAGCAGCAACUUCCGCGUGCACGGCAGCAACAGGCGGCUUAAAUCACAGUUCAAUAAGCGAAAACUAGUGAUUAAAGCACUGGCAUAGAUUAAUUGGAGCAUAUUUAAACACAAUUCAGUCUUUAUCGAUAAAAUGAAUACUCGGCGGCGGUCUAUAGCUCCAUCACCAAACGUCUACGCCAUCAAUUCCAAAAUCUGCCAUUUGGUGAAACAACAUCCUUGUCUUUACGAUCGCCACGAUGACGACUACUUGCGGAAAUCGACUGUGAAAAAUGCCUGGAAGGAAAUAUCCAAUGAGAUGCGAAAUUCGGUUAAAAGCUGCAAGGAGCGUUGGCGCAACAUUCGCUCCAGCUACGCCCGCUCUAUUAAGAUGCACCACGGUGCGAAUACGUACUACCUAAACAGCGAGCUGCAGUUCCUGCAAAGCCACAUCACCCCCGGAGUUCCCGUUCCGCUCAGAGGUCGUCGGUCAAGACCCAGGGGUCAGAAGGAGCUCGACGAAGGGGAGCUCGAAACUCCCGUUGAGGCAGUCCUCGAGAUGGUGCACUCCCCGAGCUGUCUGGACUCGGAGCAUGCGCAGAGCCGUCACAGCACCGAUUCGGAAUCGGCGAAGGAGUCGGAUUUAGACAAGGACUCCUGGUCAGGACGUGUCAAAAAACGUCUGCCUUCGGAAGUUAAGACAUCCAACUGCAAUAUUGAAGCAUCAUCAACCAUGGAUUUCGAGGACACAGUCCCUGCAGAAAUGCGCACAGAGAGCGAGAGCAGAGAAGAGGCCAAGGCAUCAAGCCACAAUAUUGAAGCAUUGCCAGUCAUGGAUUUCGAUGACGCAUUCCUGCAGGGACUGCGUCCCGAAAUCAAGCACAUGAACUUCCACCAGAAGCUGUACUUCAAGCGCCGUGUGUACGACCUCCUUGGCGAGAUAUUCCAUUCCGAGGAGUCCGCCACAUCAACCCACCCAGCACAGCCGCAUCCCAAGCUGAAGGUAAAUGGAACGCUAUCCACAGCCUCAUCAUCUCCCUCCCCGGGGAAUCCUCUGCAGCACUUGGGACUGAUGCUGCAGCUGCCCAAGCGGGUGGCCAAAGCCAAAAAAUUGUAGCAUCCGACCUGCUUAUUGCAAAGUUUCAAUCGACUGAUAUUGAAUUUGUGUACAGUACAUAGGACAAAUAGUAUCUUGCGUUAUUUUUAGACAUGUUACCAUAAUGUAUAAGCAAUCUAAUGUGAAGUUGACAUGAAAAUAAAUAAAUACAUUUUUUAAAUUAAA